AUGCCGAAUGUGUGGAUUAGAUCCUAUAGAUCUAAUAGGUCCAGAGUACCGAAACAUUCUUCAAGCUCAGUAGUACUUGAAAAAAGAGUCCAAGCUGUAAAGGCAAAUGUAGCUUUACGCUUGGCAGAGCAAGAGCAGUGGCGAAGAUUUGAAGGUGAAAUAAAGCUUUUGGAGAUCGAAAAGAAGCACAGAGAACUAUUAAGACAACAAAAGAUGGAAAAGGAAAAUAUUGAAAGAACCCAAAGAUUGGAAACCUUAAGGCAACAGUCUGAAAGAGAGCUUGCUGAAGCCCGACAAAGGGUAGCACUUAUGGACUUAGAAGCUGAAUUGGAAGAACAGAUGGAGGAACAGGGGGAAAUUGAUAUGAGCCUUGUCACACAAGAUCAAGAGAAUAUUCCAACUGGUGCUGAUCAAUUCACUGGUGAUAUUCCAAGACCUUUCAUAUAUGAGGAUUUCUUAUUUGAAAAUGAACCACAUCCAACUAUGAGAAACAACUCACUGAACCCAGAUCUUUCUGCCAAACCACUUUAUUCAACACCGGUUAUGACAGCUUCAUCUCCAUAG